AUGACUGCUCAGCAUUUUUCAAGAAGCGCAAUUUAUUGGAUGGAUUCUUUUGACCUGAGGUAUUUUUUCAAUGUCUUCAUAGAUAACAUUAUUUUUUCAGCGCGAUCGUUCAAUUCAAAUGUUUCUCAACGUUUCCUACGGCUACAGUGUUCGUUAGUGACUACAAUUAAUGCACUAGUGAGUUUUUUUAAUAGUUUUCAACGUAUAAAAAAAUAAAAUAUUAGUUAUUAUUGCAUUGAUACAUUUUUUUAUCUAAGACGGCCAAAGUAACGUCAAAGUGACUAGAAAUGUAUUUUUACUAUUGCAAAUCCAAUAAAAAACCUUGUUUUCAAAACAUGAUUCAAACUUCAAUGGUACAGAAAAAUAAAUAAAAACUAAAUAGAAACGUCGAAAAAUGAUUUGCUUUUAUCCAACCGAACUAAUCAGAGGCAAAAAGACCUUUGUGUAGUUUCAUGAAAAGCGUAUUGCUGUUUGAAAUAAUCAAAUGAUUAUAAUCCUGAGAUAUCUUUCUAAGCACAAGCAAUGUUUAAAAAUUUUUCAGAAGCGCAAUUACGAUGGAGACGGUUCUCUCAACUCCAAAAAGCAAACAUUUUCGGAUUACAUUUUCGGAUUAUUGCCGAAAAGAUGGUUCCGUUGUUGCAGUGAGGAAAUUUGUCCAUAAAAUUAUUAAAGAUUCAUCAGGUUGGCCACUUUAUUUUUGCUUUCUCGCCCAAAUAAUUUCUUCUUACAACGACUGAAUUUGUUCUCCCAACCAUAGGGUGGGCAGCCGUGAGAUCGACGCAAUUUUGAAAGUUUCAAAAAUAAAUUCAUUCCGCAAUUAAUUCUUUUUCAAAACAAACUCUAACAAUAAGAUUUUUUUGGACAAUACUUAUGUUCAAAAUUCCAAAAAAGCAGAAAAAAAGUCGGUAUUUUUUCAAAUUUUACAGAGUCAUGUUCAGAAAUUGGACAACUUCGUUGCUCGCGAAAUUCGUCUGGUCGGAGACAAUGA